GACAUCAGAGCUGACAGGCGGCAACGGAAUCCCGGGAGAGGAGCGCGAAAAAAAAAAAUUCAGCGACAAAAACAACAACAACAAGUGACGACACUUAGGCGAACAUUAGACACCAACUCACACACAGCAACCAAAACAACAAAAACAAGAAGAAGAAGAAGAAGAAGAAGAAGAAGCACGGUGCAGGCAGUGGGCUCUGUGCAUGACACUUUCAGCCGCUUUGAGUGUGACGUGUCGAGGCAGGGGAAGCUGGAAUCCCCCCCCCUGCUGCUCACUCUGCAACUGCAAGCAUUUCUGAUUGCCCUCGCUGCUCAGAGCCGACCCUGUUCUGAGUGACCAUGAUUGGGUACCACGAUGCCUCAAGUGCCCUUACCCUCCUAGUCCUCCUGAUGGGGGCGUCCCUCCUCCAUCCGUCUACCCCCAACCCCAUCAACACCCCUGGAGAUGUCAAUUACCCACACAGAGAUACUCCUCCUGCAAAGGAUCCAGAGACAGGAUCAAUACAGAAAGAAGAGGCAGAGGAAGAAGAGGAGCUCUUUAAGGAUGUGGAUCCCAAAACACUAGCGGCAGUUUUACUUGAGGCACUGAAUCACUCAUGGGUAGGGGAAAGGAGGGAGGGAAGGGAGCGUGACGAUGGGAUGGAGGAUGGAGAAGAAAUGAAGGCUGAGACGGGGGAGCCUACAAGAGAAGAAGCUUACAGAGGAGUGAGAACGAUGGAGACGGAGGGAGCAAACAGAGACAGAGAUGGCCGACAGGAGCUGGAGCUGCUAAUGGGGAAGGAGCGGGAAAGAGAGGAGGAAGAGGAGAGGAAGAGAGCUCAGGAGGAAGAGGAGAAGAUGACAGAAAAGGUGACCAGUCGUACCACGAGUCAGACAGUCCAGGUCCAAAGAGAGCAGCCCGCUAGUUUAGACGAAAGAGGGGAGAAUGGGCAGGGCGCCGCCCCCCCAAACAUCCCCGGACAAGGUAGCAAUGAGGAGGAGGAGCAGCUCAGCCCCGAGGAGCUGAGGAACCUCGAGACCAUGAUGAAGGAGUUCCCUCGUUUAAACGCCGCCACUAAGAGGGACGGCGAUUCGGAGCGAAACCAGAGAGAGAGCCGAGGCUACAGCAGCUACAACGACAUCAUGCCGAUCGGCAAAGGCGCCGACCUCGCCAUGACUAAGAAGAAACUGAAAUGGCAAGAGGAGACGCAGAAAGGCCUGAGCUUCCCAACAUUCAGGGGAGGCAACUUCAUGGACGACUUUGAUCAAAACGACAACUACGCCGGCGGUAACGCAGUGCAGUCCCCGCUUCCGGCAGAGCAGGACGCGAUGGAAGACGACGAACCCGCGGAAGAGGAGGAAGAGGAAGACGAGGAGGCGUUGAGUCCCGAGGAAGAGGAGGCUCAGGCUAAAGCGGAGCAGGAGGAGAUGAGGAGGCAGGCGGCCGAGGCACAGAGAGCCAAGAUGGAGGAGGAGAAGUUGGCCGACAUCGCCUCGGACAUGCUGCUGCGCUACAUGGUCAAACAGAACAACGGGAACAGGAAGUACAGCGCGCCUCUGUCCAACGCCGCCGAGGACAAGCGCUCCGACGAGGAACAGGAAGUGAUGGAGGAGGACGAUAUUGACCCCCAGACCAUCGACAAGCUGAUUGAGAUCUCCAACAAGCUCCACCUCCCCGCUGACGACGUGGUGGACAUCAUCAGCGACGUGGAGAAGAAGAAGAAGAAAGACGUGCUGCCCGAGGCGGGGUCUCGUUGGCAGCGGCCUCCGACGCCGCUGUCGUCUCCUUUCGCGUCAACCAACGGCUUCUCGGCGUCGCAGAUUCCAACUGGUCAAAACGGCUUCCCCGUCUCUAAGCAACCCUCCCCAGCUGUCAAUCUCCUCAAAACAUGGUUGCAGGAGAAAUCGCAAACCAAAUCGCCGGAUCUUUGGAACAAACCGUCCAAGCCUCUGUCAGCCAGUCCAAAUCAUUGGCCCAAACCUCAGAAGCCUCUGUCAAUCAAGCAGGACCUCUGGCUCAAAUCCCCCAAGUCUGUUUGGACCGGAUACCCUUUGUACCCCUACAAGUACCCAUCCUACUACCAGAGGAAGCUGUACCCGGACUACUACCCCAUCUAUUAUCCUCCUCCCCCCAGACCCAAACCCCGUUACUACAUCCCCAAACCCGCUCUCGCCCUCAACAACUUCCUGGGAAAUUCCGUGGAUGACACCUACUCCUUCCCUCCCAGGCGCCGUUACCACAGCUGGGUCCAACCUCGGCUGAGGCGUCCCCCCGCCGGCCUCCAGCGGAGGCCGUACUACGCCAGCUACCGCUUUCAGCCGCUGCCCAUCCCCAAACCUCGUUCCCCUCCCCGAAUGCCUGCGAUCACUCCGCGACAGAAGUUCUAUUACCCAGCCCCAGCGGCACCCGCGGUGACGAGAAAUGAAGAUUACAACGUGGCUGGAAAGCAGCCGGACAGCAGCAAGCAUGACGAUCUGGAGAAAUACAUUCAGCAGAUACUCAUGAAGGGACAGAUGUUGGAGUGAAAUGGGAAAGAGGAGAGUGAGAAUAGGGGAAUUGGAAAGUAGGAGAAAUGAGCAGAAAAGUAUUUCUUCAUUGAAUUUGUUUUGCUGGUAUUUGGUUUUGUUUCAUGUAACAAGUUUCGUCCUCCCGUUUUGAUUGGUUGUGACGUGGACACGGACAUUCAGGAGGACUUUUUUUUCCAGCUGUAGUCUGGAUAAAAUGGACUACGGUAGGAAAAUGAAAGGAAAGACACACCUCUACACUCCUCCUCUGUGAAGGAGGGGAAACAGGAUGAAUGGCGUCCGUUGGAAAGCAUGAUGCGGCAACGUUUUGUUUCAUGCUAGAACUUUUCAUCCAAACUUCCGGCAUGACAACAUUCUCCAUUGGGACAUUUGACAAUGCCAACAAAGGAGGACACUUGAAUAUGUUGUUACCUGUACCUUUAAACAAAUAUAUUUUUCAGAGUCAGAAAGUCGGAUCAAUUGUAGGCAGUGAUGGAUGCUGGGAAAUGUUUGAUGAAUGAUGGCAUUUGGCUGUCUAAACGCAAAGAGAAUUUUGUGUAAUUAUCCCAGGAAGGGAAAUUUUAAAACUUUUUCAUGAACAAUCUUUCUGAAAUGACCUCCACUAAAUGGCCCAAACUAUGUGGACGCCAAACAUUCCAGCCAUAUGUGAUUCAGACACAAGAGCAUUAGUGACGGUCCAACACUGAUAAUGUAUGAUUAGGUCUGGCUUAAAGUCGGUGGUUCAGUUCAUCCCUAAGGUAAUGCUCAGCGCUGUGGAGUAAGGUCUGUCUACACCACACAUACAUUCCAGGAUAGGAGGGAAAAAAAACGCUAUGGGUUUGUUUGCAUUUCUUUAAACCAAUCACAAUCUUCUUGGGCGGUGCUAAGUUCUGCUAAAUAGUCUUGAGAAGGAACUUGUUUUGGUGGAACAUUUGCACCCAGAUAAAAGAACAUGCCACAUAAAAUAUUAAAUUAACUGUUCACACAAUACGGUAACACACAGAGAGGUAAAGCGGAGGGAUGAAAUGUACUUCCGUGGAUCCAGACUAUUCCACACCUGACUUUGGGACAUUGUUAUGUUCAAAACAGGAAAGGGCCAAAAACAAACUGUUGACGGGAAGCGGGAAUCUCACUGUUAUCUAGAAUAUCAUUGUAUCCUAGAGCUUUAAUAUUUCCCUUCUUUGGCACUAAGGUGCAUUGCCCAAACGAGGAAAACCUCCCCAGACCACAGAGCGUCUCUAUACUUUUGGCCAUAUAGUGUAUCAACUGACACAUCUGUCAUCUCUUACUGAUGAAAUCAAAAUCACACAUCAUCUUGGAAUGGCCUCAUGCCAUUGAAUACAUUUGUAUGCAAAUGUAUCAUUUUUGUGUUAUUUGUAUAAAAAUGCAGCAAAAGCAUUUCAGCAGAACAGCACCUUCUCGUUAUGUAUACUCACACAUAGCCACCAAAGCUCUUUAUGAUGAAAUAUAAGGCUCCGAAAAGCAUAUUUCAUACAAAGGGCUGUGGAAGCCACACUAACACCACUGUAAUGGCUUGGAUGACUCAUCCUUUUGCAUAACUUCAAUUACCUUGUUGCUAUGGUGCCAAACCCUGGCCAAACUCUAUAUGGCAUUCUUUUGAUGCCUUCAGAGGAGAAUGCAGUGUUGGAGGCAUACUGCUCUUUUACUGAACACAUGCAUUUUAAAGGAUAAGGCUGGUGUUAUUCUCUAUUUUAAUCUACAUCACCAAAUGUGUUUAAUACUUUGCGACUUCCCUACCCUGUCUGUAGUACUCAGUUUAUAUUUGUGAUAUAGAAAAUUACCAACCUUACCCUUUAAAGAUACCCUCCAUGGUUUCGUUAUAGCACAAAGUGCCCCUGAAUCCCAAAGUUCCUUUCAGCUCGAUAAAGACCAUUAAGUGCCAUUUUAGUAUUCAACAUUUAGUUUUCAUUUGAUCAUUAUGAACUCAAAGUCUAUUUUGAGACAUACAUUGUUUUUCUUGUUAUCUAAAUUGUUGCACAACCAUGGAUCAUACAUUUUAAACUCUGAGCUGAAAUCGGCUGCCUUACAUGUCACUGUGACAUCCCUAACAUUGCGCUUUAUGAUUUUUGAAAAAAUUAUUAUUAUUUUGAUACCAUUUGAUAUUAUCCAUGAGAUCAAGGCUGUAAUCACUUUUGUAAGCGAUAAUGGGAAUGAUUCUCUGGAACUGAUUCCACUGGAGAUGGGAUCAGUUCGCUCAUAUUCAGGUAAAACUAAGUUGAAUUCGCAAUUUUAAAAACAAAAUUAAGGGAUUUUUAAUUGCUUGGAUUGGAUGGCAGUGGGUUUUUUUUUGUACUGCUGAGAUUUCCUCUCUUUACUUAGAUGGCUACUGAUAAUCAGUGAUCAAUAAACACUUCCUUUUCUCCCCAUUCACCUCUUUUGAAAAUGCGUCACUUGGAACAAGAGCAGAAGUCUCUCUUUGGUUUAUCUGUAUUGUUGACCUUUGUUGUCAUCUGUUGCUAAGGGAUGAGCAAAUCUCAACAUCUUUGUUGCCAAGCCAAAAUAGGACCACGGCAUCGCCAAUCUCACACUGAAACCACGAGGCCAAAAGAGAGUGAACUGAAUCGAGGAGACGGGAGUGAAAACAAAGCUUUUUGUAAUUGUUAAUGAUUCGUUGUUGUUUUUUUUACACGAUUAAGAAGAAAGUUGCAGAUUGAGAAAGGAACCGGGAGAAAUAAGGGGGCUGAGCUAUGAAGCGACAGACCAGCGGGUAAAAGUGUCUGCACGUUUAUGUAUACUUGCAUCUAAAAAUUGCUUCUUUGAAGAUGUACAAGCAUCAAUUAAAAGAGCAUAAAAAAAAAACAUUUAAAGAUGACAGAAACAAUGACGUCGUUGUACCUUAAAAAUCAUUGUUUGAGUCAUGUAUGCAGCGAGUGUUGUCUAUGGUCAUUCUAGAUGUACCUUGUUGUAACCAUCGUAAUAAACAUGCGUUUGCUGGAUGUAAAUAUGCGCAUGUCAAUGGCUACUUUUGCUACACAUGAAGAAACAAUAAAGUCAACUAUUUUUAUUACAAAAAUG